AUGAGAAGCCGUUUUCUUGCAUGUGGCGCGAUUCGGUCAGGAUGGAAUCUUGAGAGCACAGCUCUCUACUGGGCGAUGUGGCAUGCUGGUCGCAGGCAUUUGUGUCGACCCAAGCCUAGUGCUCAGCAACUGCACCACCCAUAUCCGCCCGCGCCCAUCAUGUCCUCCCGGAUGCUCCAGCUCCUGUUGCUGCAGAUCGUGCACGUGCAUGCAGGCAGCGGCAUUGGUUGCUACGAUGUCCAACAGCACAAGUGCGACUGUACAGUCACGGAGGCUGCCUGUCACUCGCAGGGAGGAACGUGGACAGAUAGCUGCAGGACAUGUGACUCCGCGACAAACGUGCAGCACCCCACCUGCCAGAAAUCUUACUCUUGGGGUUGUUUCGUGGAAGCUUCUCACGAUUGUGACUGUAAGGUCUCUGAGCGUGUCUGCGGUGAGACAAGCGGCAAGCAGUGGACCCAUGAAUGCUGGUCUUGCUGCCACACAUCCUCAUGGGGCUGCUACGUGCCAGGAGAUGGGGCAGAGUCAGGCUGCCACUGCGACAUCAGCAACGAGGGUGCGUGCAAGCUUGCCUUCCCGGAUGCUACCUGGUCACAUCAAUGCCAUGCGUGCUCGGACACCGAGGCAGAGUCCAAUGCUUGCCGUGCUUCGACCAUUCUCCUGGCAGGUCUUCCGUCGCUGAUUCGUGUGGUUGUGGCCUAG